AUGGAAUAUAAGGAGUUAACUUUAUUAUGGUGUGAUCGCACAACAUUAUCAAAAUGUAGCGCUGCAGCAUAUUUUCAAGAUUAUAAGGAAAAAAAGAAAAAAAGAGAGCAAAGUUGCUCUUUAUACUCUUGCAUUGAGUAUUGCUUACUAAUUUUAUGUAUACGUUAUAUCGCACCAGAAUAUUACGAUAAUCUGAAAUCACACGACGGUUGGAUUCUUAUGAUGUACGAUUUUGCAACAAACCCUUCCAUGUCGCUACGUUCUCGCAUCAAGCGUAAAUAUGCCAAGCCAGAGGAGUUCAAUUUCUAUGGUGUUGGACCAUAUGAAACAAGCAGGGUUUACGAUGCUGUUCGAAAGCUAUGGCUCGACGAAUGUUAUUUACCGUGCAGCUCAACUACUUUAGGCUGCAAUAUAGCGAUCUUUUUGACGUUUUGCUCUAUACAAUACCAACUACGUCUACGUUUGAAGGUAGUGAACUUUUCGUCGCCCAAUUUAAGUUAG